GCAAAAGUUCGAAGAAUGCUAAUUGUACUGUUGCGAUUAUUUUGAAAUAUUACUUUGUUAUUUGUUUACGACGUGUCGUUCAAUGGGAAUUGAACGUAAAAUUAAUUCGUUAUAUUUCAUGAUAUCGAACCGUUCACUUAAAAGAAGCACAUGAGUGAUGUUGGUUAAACUCUGACGCCUAGAAAACAGAAAUUAAUUUUAUAACAAAAUCAAGAAAGAAAAUCCGAUUUCUAAAUGCUUUGUUCUAUACGAUGGCUCUGUAGAUGUAUCGACGAAAAAAGGCAUUUUUUUAUAUUAUAUGUUUACAUUUCUACACCUUGAAACAUAUAUUCUAACCUCAAAAUGAGUUACAAUAAAAAAGUAUCAUACUUUUACAACCCCGACGUUGGGAACUUUCAUUAUGGACCUGGGCACCCAAUGAAGCCACACAGACUUGCUGUGAUUCAUAGUCUGGUGCUUAAUUACAAUUUGCACAAGAAGAUGCAAAUUUAUCGUCCUUACAGAGCUAGCACUCAUGACAUGUGUCGUUUCCAUUCGGACGAAUAUGUAGAAUUUCUACAAAGAGUGACACCGCAGAAUCUACAGGGAUAUACAAAGUACCUCAGUCACUUUAACGUAGGGGACGAUUGUCCUGUUUUCGAAGGUCUUUUUGACUUUUGCUCUAUGUAUACUGGAGCUUCCUUGGAAGGAGCUACGAAGCUGAACAAUAAUUGCUGUGACAUUGCCAUCAAUUGGAGUGGAGGACUACAUCAUGCAAAGAAAUUUGAGGCUUCUGGUUUCUGUUAUAUCAACGAUAUUGUCAUUGCGAUUUUAGAACUGCUAAAAUACCAUGCCAGAGUUCUUUACAUAGAUAUAGAUGUUCAUCAUGGAGAUGGAGUUCAAGAAGCAUUUUACUUGACUGAUAGAGUAAUGACCGUAUCUUUCCAUAAAUAUGGGAAUUACUUUUUUCCUGGUACAGGAGACAUGUAUGAAAUAGGAGCAGAAAGUGGAAGAUAUUAUUCGGUUAAUGUACCAUUAAAAGAGGGUAUUGACGAUGGAUCUUAUGUUCAGGUAUUCAAACCUGUUAUAUCGCACGUAAUGGAAUUUUUUCAGCCGACAGCUAUAGUUUUACAAUGCGGAGCUGAUUCGCUUGCAAACGAUCGUCUCGGUUGCUUUAGUUUAAGUACAAAAGGACACGGCGAGUGUGUGAAGUUUGUAAGAGACUUAAAUGUACCACUGCUCACUGUAGGAGGUGGUGGAUACACAUUACGUAACGUUGCACGUUGCUGGACUUACGAAACGUCUCUACUUGUUGACGAACAAAUCAGCAACGAACUGCCGUACACCGAAUAUUUAGAGUACUUUGCAUCAGAUUUUACGUUACAUCCUGAUGUUGUAACCAGACAGGAUAAUGCGAAUAGCAAACAAUAUUUAGAAGCCAUUACGAGACAUGUAUAUGAUAAUUUGAAAAUGAUACAACAUUCUCCGAGCGUUCAAAUGCAAGACGUCCCAUGCGACGCUUUGCCACCCGAAGAAGAGAGACGACCAGAACCGGAUCCCGACUCUAGACAAAACGUACAAGAUACUGAUAAAAUAGUCGAACCUGCUAACGAAUAUUAUUCUGGAGAAAAAGAUCAGGAUAAGAUGGAUGUUAGUGAAUCGUAGUGAUAAAGGAAUAAAUGAACUAGAUAAUUCUAAAUAGGACUAACACUGUACAAGAGCACAGUUAUAAAAAUAUUGAGAAUUAAUUUUUACUGCAAAACUGAUAAUUGUAAAUAUUACA